UCGGCUCAAGCAGAAAAAAAGGAGUUGCUAACUUCAGGGUACACUUAAGUAAAAUGGAGGACCAUGAAAUUUUGGAUCAAUUUUUAGAACACAGACAACAAAAUUUUGUCAUAGAUAAUAUGAACGCCGUUGCCGGCUGUGGUGGUAUUGGGGUUGCUGAUGUUGUUGGCAGUGGUGGCGAAAUCUUGGGCGUUAAAUACGAUGAACAACUUCAAGCCGAAGAACAUGACGUUGGCGAUGAUGACGAAUUGAAGUACGUUAAAGAAGUGCAACAGAGCGAAAAACAACAGACGGGUGGUAAAGACUUUGGUGAUUACAACAGCGGCAAUGAGUUGGCAGAAAAUGAAGAGGCAACACAGCAAUACAAAAUUGGCCAUGGCGAUGUUGCUGCUGUUGACAUGAAAGAUGAAAAAGAAAUCGCAAAUGUUGUGAGUACCAAUUCCAACGACGAACACAAUGGAAUUAACAAGACUGAAGAACUGCAACAACAAGUAAUGGAAAAUAUCAAUAAUAAUCCUCAAAACACAAAUUCCCCACUAAGCUUUGAAAAGUCGGAGGAGGAGGAGGUGGAGGAGAACAAGAAAUACUCUGCCAAUGGUGGUGAUGAGGAAGACAUAAGUUCGUUGGCCUCGAAUGGCACAAGUUCUUUGAGUGAAAACGUGGCACAACAGUUUGCGAACGGAAUGGAAAAGACUAAGGAGCUUUCGACGCCCCUGGGCGAUAUGGAUAUACAAUUACAACCAAAUGUCAAUAUUGAGGGAACGCAUUGCCCACUAAAUCCAGAUGCUAAAGAAUUUGUCCCUAAUUUCGGGUCCAAUCCAGCAUCUCCACUUUCGCCACAUCCUAACGAUAUUAUGUCGUCCAAUUUCGACAGUAACGACUUCUUUGGACAAGCCCCGUCGGCUGUACCUCGUCGUCUAAUGGAUGAUGAUGAUUUUGUUGCACACAGCCCAAGAAAAGGUCGCUGCGGGGACAUGGAUGUCAUCUCCUUACCGGCCGAACAGGAAUUCGAUGAGGAAGCUGACAGACGUCCUCAUGAAUUAACACAAGACGAAGUAGUAUUAUCGGAUAACAACAUGCAAUUUGAUAUGCCGAACACUGAAGUAGUUAGCAGCGAACCCAUAUUAGAUAUGAACGAAGACCAAGGUCCCGAGACGUCUGUUGACCCUGAUGAGGAUAUGGCCAAAGAACAGGCAUUUGAAAAGAUAUCCUUAAUCGAAAAUGAUGUUAUGAAACAGUCAAUAUACAUGGCAAGUGAUGAGCCUAUUGAAGAUGUUUUAAACAGCGUUCAACCAAUACCAACAGAAAUUGAUAGCGUCAACAAUUCAUUCAUGGAUGACUUUACUGUUGAGAAAGACUUCGUUGGUGAGAAAGAACAACUGCAAACAGAAGAAAAGGAACAUAUAUCCAAUUCUCCAUCUACUGAGGAAAUGCAAGUCGAACUUGAAAAUGCUCCGCCAUCGAAUAGUGGCACCUUUGAUAACCUAAUGUAUGCCGAAGGUCAGAUGAUCAAAGAUACAAAUGAAUCUGUAGGGGAUGUCCAAAAGGAGGAGCUCCUUUGUCCCACAGAAGUCUCUCACGAACAGCCACUGCCAUCGACGCUUGGUGGCAGUAUUGAUCAACCCUGUUCCGAAAUAAUAGACGAUUUUAUUCAGGGUGAUGUUGAUACCUUGUCAAAUCCAUCACAUGUCGAUGAGAAGCAUUUAAUGGAAGAAACCAAAGAGACGCCUAUAAGUAUUGUUCAGGAAAACUGCGACUUGGAAGACCAAAUGGGCAAAAUGUCAUUGAAUGCUGAUGAUGAAUGUAUGCAGAUGGAUGAAACUUCCCCUGCUGCUACCGUAACCGAAGACAUCACUAAACCCGCUGAACACUUGUUGUUGGAAACAGAAUAUAAACCAUUGGAAAUUUCUGAGGAUUUACUAAGUAAUAUUCAGGAAAUGUCAAUUGAUGAAAAUGAAAUGGUUGCUAACGAAGUAUCCUGCGACAAAAUUAGUUCCAAUAUUUUUACUGGCCCAUCAGAAAUCAAUGAGCUGGAAAAAUUAGAAUCUGUUGAUAAGUGUGAGAACCAACCUUCGUUGGAACCACUUAGUGUAUGCGAAGUUAUCCAAUCUCCAAAUGAAGAUUUAAUCAAUAGUAAACCAUCGGAUACCGAUAAUGUGCCAGAGGUAUUAGAACCUUUGUCUUCUGCCCAAGGAACAGAACAAGCACAAAAUGAAAAUCAAACUCUUGAGGAAACAUCGAAUGUGUCCCACAUGGACACACCUUCCGAAGAAAAAGUUGAAGAUUUACUAGACCUUGAAAAUCCAUUGAAAUCUGAACUGGAAGUAUCUACACCAGAUGACAAUCAAAGUCAUGAGGAAAUAUCACAUGAGAUACACAUGGACACUCCUUCCGAAGAAAAAUCUAAAGAUACCGCAGAACAAACCUCACAGGAAACAACAAAUUUGAUCAAUGAUGAGAGUUCUGAAGUACAUGUGUCUACAAACGACACAACGAUGGAAUUAGUUAAUAAUUCCUUGGAUGCGAAGAGUGAAAUUGAACAGUCUAAUAGCGGAGCAGUAGAUGCAAUUCACGAAAACUCGAAUCCCUUUGAAAAUACAAUGGAAAACGAAAAACUUAUGUGUGAUAAUAGCAUUGUGUCACACACACUUGAAUCUACAGUUAACGACAUUAACGGAUCGCACCCAAAACCCGAAGAAGGAAUUCAACAAAUAUCAGAAGAGCAGACUGUUGUAGCAACUACUACUACCGAAGAAUCAGAACCAGAAAAAUCUAGCAACGAGGCAGCUGAUGUUGUGCCCGUAGUUUCAUCUAUUGUUGACAAAAUUCCAUUGGCAUCAACGGCAACUAAGGCUGAUGAUGCUAAAAAACCUAUAUCGAAGGCAACAGCUGGUGCAACGAAGUCAAAACCACCAUCAGCAACUGCACCAUUGACUAAAAAGUCGACAACAUUGAAAUCAGCAACUGGAGUUGCGGCGAAACCUAGAGUUGCUCCAACCAAACCAAGCAGUGCUGCUACUGUCGGUGACAAGAAACCUAUUAAAAUGGCUACUACUGGCGUUGCUGGUCCACGUAAAACCGCUACUACAAGUGGUACGUCUACAACUAAAACAACAACGAAAAAUAUUUCGGGUACAUCAACAGUUCGUUCUGUACCCUCUGCAACCAAUGCGAAGACUUUGACAUCCAAGCCAACAACAACUACUCGCACAACUGCAUCAACGUCAUCUACAACACGCAAGCCUUUGUCAUCAAAUGCCACAACUACGUCUACUACAAAGCCUCGACCAGCAUCCGGUAAUACAUUGGCUGCUACUAAGCCAACUACACUUGGAGUUUCAGCAGCAAAUGCAGCUGCCAAACCCAAAGUUACUUCACCACGCGCCACUUUAACGUCGCAACUGCGUAAAACAGCACCAGGUGCUACGACUGCAGGAGCCAAAAGCCCAACUAAAAAUACUACAACAUCCAGCUCAGUGACUAAAACGACGUCAUCUUCUGUCGGAUCACGCACUAAAACAACAACAUCCACUACGACAGUUACUACAACAACCAAACAAUUUACUGCUCGUCCAGCUCCCAAGACAACUUCAUCUGCUGUAGGAUCCACAUCUACCACCAAUAGACGCCUAACAGUUGGUGGCACAGCCAACGUAUCCACUACCACACAAGCGUCAUCAAAGACAACCACGAGUGCUACACAACGAAAAUCGUCACCAACAAAACCAGUUGCUGGUAAGACACCUACGAAGUCGUCAGCCACAUCGUCCAUUGGUGCUAAAACUACAAUGAAACCUAUAACAAAAUCCAACACUCAAAAAACUACCGAACACAAAUUGAAUACACAAACAAAACCUGUUGCUGGAGAGAAGGAACUGAAUGGAAACGCAUCACCUAUCAAUGAUGCGCCAAUCGAGCCCCAACAGCCUACAUCAGAAAAUGGCGAACAAAUCGUUCCUAACACCAGCGAAUUAUUAAUUCCGAGCGAGGGUGAUGGCAACACCGAACAACCAAUGCAAGUUGAAAUGAGUAGUGCUUAA